UUCCGGCUCGGGCAUCUGGUCCCCUUCCCCGCCGGCGGCCGAAGGGGCACCAUGAAACGGGAGGGUGGCGCUGCCGCUCCCCGGCGGCCGCUGGCAGGGGAUGCUGCCUGUGGACCCUAGAUGCCUCUGUAGAGCAUGAGCUCGGGCAAGAGCGCCCGCUACAGUCGCUUCUCCGGUGGGCCUGCCAGCCUCCCCGCUCCAGACGUCACUGCCGGGACCAGGAUGGAAACGACCUUUGGACCUGCCUUUUCAGCUGUCACCACCAUCACAAAAGCUGAUGGGACCAGCACGUACAAGCAGCAUCGCAGGACGCCCUCCUCUUCCAGCACCCUCGCCUACACUCCACGGGAUGAGGAGGACAGCAUGCCCCCCAUCAGCACGCCCCGCCGCUCCGACUCGGCCAUCUCCGUCCGCUCCCUGCACUCUGAGUCCAGCAUGUCCCUGCGGUCCACAUUCUCACUGCCCGAGGAGGAGGAGGAGCCGGAGCCGCUGGUGUUUGCCGAGCAGCCCUCAGUGAAGCUGUGCUGCCAGCUGUGCUGCACUGUGUUCAAGGACCCCGUGAUCACCACAUGUGGGCACACGUUCUGUAGAAGAUGUGCAUUGAAGUCAGAGAAGUGUCCCGUGGACAACGCCAAGCUGACAGUGGUGGUGAACAACAUCGCAGUUGCCGAGCAGAUUGGGGAGCUCUUCAUCCACUGUAGGCACGGCUGCCGGGCAGUGGGCACUGGAAAGCCCACCAUCUUUGAGGUGGACCCCCGAGGGUGCCCCUUCACCAUCAAGCUCAGCGCCCGGAAGGACCACGAGAGCAGCUGUGACUACCGGCCCGUGCGGUGCCCCAACAACCCCAGCUGCCCCCCGCUCCUCAAGAUGAACCUGGAGGCUCACCUCAAGGAGUGUGAGCACAUCAAGUGUCCUCACUCCAAGUACGGAUGCACAUUCAUCGGGAACCAGGACACAUACGAGACACACCUGGAGACGUGCCGCUUCGAGGGCCUGAAGGAGUUCCUGCAGCAGACGGAUGACCGCUUCCACGAGAUGCACGUGGCAUUGGCCCAGAAGGACCAGGAGAUUGCCUUCCUGCGCUCCAUGCUGGGCAAACUUUCGGAGAAAAUCGAUCAGCUGGAGAAGAGCCUUGAGCUCAAGUUUGAUGUCCUGGAUGAAAACCAGAGCAAGCUUAGCGAAGACCUCAUGGAGUUCCGGAGGGAUGCGUCCAUGCUGAAUGAUGAGCUGUCCCACAUCAAUGCACGGCUGAACAUGGGCAUCCUGGGAUCCUACGACCCUCAGCAGAUCUUCAAGUGCAAAGGGACCUUCGUAGGCCACCAGGGUCCCGUCUGGUGUCUCUGUGUCUACUCCAUGGGUGACUUGCUUUUCAGCGGCUCCUCUGACAAGACCAUCAAGGUGUGGGACACAUGUACCACCUACAAGUGCCAGAAGACACUGGAAGGUCACGAUGGCAUUGUACUGGCUCUCUGCAUCCAGGGGUGCAAACUCUACAGCGGCUCUGCAGACUGCACCAUCAUUGUGUGGGACAUUCAGAACCUGCAGAAGGUGAACACCAUCCGGGCCCACGACAACCCAGUGUGCACACUGGUCUCGUCCCACAACAUGCUCUUCAGUGGCUCCCUAAAGGCCAUCAAGGUCUGGGACAUUGUGGGCACGGAACUGAAGUUGAAGAAGGAGCUCACGGGCCUCAACCACUGGGUGCGGGCCCUGGUGGCAGCCCAGAGCUACCUGUACAGUGGCUCCUACCAGACAAUCAAGAUCUGGGACAUCCGGACCCUCGACUGCAUCCACGUCCUGCAGACGUCUGGCGGCAGCGUCUACUCUAUCGCUGUGACAAAUCACCACAUUGUUUGUGGCACCUACGAGAACCUUAUCCACGUGUGGGACAUCGAAUCCAAGGAGCAGGUGCGGACCCUGACGGGCCAUGUGGGCACUGUGUAUGCCCUGGCAGUCAUCUCUACACCAGACCAGACCAAAGUCUUCAGCGCAUCCUAUGACCGGUCCCUCAGGGUCUGGAGUAUGGACAACAUGAUCUGCACGCAGACCCUGCUGCGCCACCAAGGCAGUGUCACUGCGCUGGCCGUGUCCCGGGGUCGGCUCUUCUCAGGGGCUGUGGAUAGCACCGUGAAGGUUUGGACUUGCUAACAGAAUCCAAGCCAGGCCUUGGCUUCCUCUGGGCCUGUCUUGGACCUGUCUGAGCCAGGCGGCCACAUGGGAUGGUCUCGGGGCUCUGCCUGCCCUGUGAAGACAGGGGAACAGGCUCAGGCAGCCAGGCAGUGCCCUCCCUGCCCUACGCUCAGUGAGCCUUCCUCUACCUGGCCCUGUCCCUGCUGCUGUCAGGACAGUGCCCAGGCCCCUCUCUGGGUGCCAGGUACGACACUUGCCCGGCCUACCUUCCAUCCCCACUCCUGAUGGACUGUGGGCCUUUUUACUCACCUUUUUUUACUGUUUUUAGACUGUAUAUAGGUUUGAUUACUUCCUGGUUGAAAUAAACACUCCACAGACUGUG